CUUCACUUCUAAAAGAGAGCAAAAACAAGUGAAAAGUAAAAAUGUCUGUUGUAGGAAUAGAUUUUGGAAAUGAUACAUGCUAUAUAUCUGUAGCAAGGCAAGGAGGUAUCGAAUCUAUCGCCAACGACUAUUCUCUUCGAGCCACGCCCAGUUAUGUCGCUUUCGGCGAGAAACAGAGAACAAUGGGCGUGGCUGCCAAGUCCGGACAAAUGACUAAUGUCCCAAAAACCUUCUUUGGAUUCAAACGUCUGCUCGGCCGGAAGUUCGACGAUCCUCAAGUCCAAGAUGAACUUACCAGGUUACCAUUUGAAGUUCAAAAGAAUGAGGAUGGAAAUUGCGUUAUUUCGGUGGACUUCUUGGGACAGAAGAAACAGCUGUCUCCAGAACAGCUGACAGCGGCACUUUUUACUAAACUCAAGCUAACAGCAGAAACAGCCCUCUCAGCUGUGGUGAAUGAUGUUGUAAUCUCUGUUCCAUCUUACUUCACUGACGCGGAAAGACGAGCACUGUUAGACUCUGCUAGGAUUGCUGGUCUGAAUGUACUGAAACUAAUGAAUGAAACCACGGCUACUGCACUGGCCUACGGGAUUUACAAACAGGAUCUACCCGAGUCGGACAAACCGGCCAGAAAUGUCGUCUUCGUUGACGUUGGGCACACCGGGACCCAGGUUGCUGCAUGCAGUUUUCACAAGGGUAAGCUGACGAUGCUCUCCUCGUCAUCCUGUGCUGUCGGCGGCCGAUACUUCGACGAAGCAAUCUGCAACUUUUUCAUUCAAGAUUUUGCCACCAGGUACAAGCUUGACGUGAAGAACAACAAGAAGGCCGUCCUCAAGCUCCAGGUGGAGGCGGAGAAGUUGAAAAAACUCAUGUCAGCCAACUCCAACCCUCUCCCUCUCAACAUUGAGUGCUUCAUGGAUGAUAUCGACGUGAAAGGAAGCAUGGAUAGAGCAACAUUCCUAGAGAUAAUCGCCCCAGAGCUGGCAAAAAUAGAGCAAGCCUUGAAGGAAUGUUUGGAGUCCAGUAAAUUGAAUAAAGAAGAUAUAUAUAGUGUGGAAAUAGUUGGAGGAAGCAGCAGAAUACCUACCAUCAAAGCUCUUAUUGAACAGAUAUAUGGGAAAGUAGCAUCAACAACUCUGAACUCUGAUGAAGCUGUAUCAAGGGGGUGUGCACUACAGUGCGCCAUGCUCAGUCCUACCUUUAAGGUUCGAGAAUUCUCCGUAACUGACAUCCAACCCUUCCCGAUCAAGUUGGUGUGGAGCGGAGCCAACAAGGAGGACUGUGGGGAGAUGGAGGUGUUCCCCAGGAACCACGCUGUCCCCUUCAGCAAGAUGUUAACCUUCUACAAGUCAGAGGCGUUCUGUGUGACAGGGGAGUACUCUGCACCUGUCCCCUAUCCAACCAAUCAUAUUGGAGUUUUUGAAAUCAUGGAGGUCCGACCUACAGCUGAAGGAGGUCCGCAGAAGGUGAAAGUUAAGGUUAGGGUUAACCCUAACGGUGUCUUUAACGUGAGCAAUGCGAGUCUGAUUGAGAAACAGGAGGUUGAGGAGGAGGUGCCUGUAGAGAUGGAGGUUGAGACGAGCAACGAGGAUGAGGGUGAGAAGAAGAAGGAGGGUGGGGAGGGAAUGGAUGGUGUAGAACCAGCAGAUAAACCAGCUGCUGAUGUUCCAAUGGAGGAGAACAAAGAGAAGGCCAAGGGCGAGGUGAAGACAGAAAUUAAGAAGAAGAUUGUGAACAAGACUAUCGAUCUCGCGGUCAGCUCCAGGGUGCUUGGAUGUCUAUCCCACGAUAAACUUGAGUUUGCAGCUACAGAGGAACACAGUAUGUCAAAUCAAGAUAUACAGGAAGCCGACAGAUUAACUGCUAAGAACUCUGUAGAAGAGUAUAUUUAUGAAAUCAGGGGUAAGCUGUGUGAGGAGCUGGAGGAGUACAUGAAGGAGGAGGACAGGAACAGUUUCAGUCUCAAGCUCGAGGACAUGGAGAACUGGUUGUACGAGGACGGAGAGUUCGCAGAGAGAUCCGUCUACCAGAAUAAGUUGGGAGAGCUGAAGGGAACUGGAGAGAGUGUGAAAAGAAGAAGAAGAGAGUGGGAGGACCGUCCUGCAGCAAUGAACCAGUUCGGACAGUGUCUACAGCUAGCACAGAAGGCGGUCGAUUCAUUUAAGGCAAAGGAUGAGAAGUUCAAUCAUCUGGACGAAGCUGAAGUUUCCAAGGUUGAGAAAGCUAUUGCAGAAAAAUCAGAUUGGUAUCAAAGGAUGGCUACAGAGAUCAGCAAAUUAUCCAAGACAGUUGAUCCUCCCGUCUUAGCAUCUCAGUUUAUACAGGAGAAGGAUGCAUUUUGGAACAUGGCAUCUAAGAUCUUGAAUAAACCUAAACCCAAGGUUGAACCUCCUCCCAUGAAGGAGGAGACCGCCAAGGAGACCCCGACCAAGGAGGAGGGAGAUGUCAAGGAGGGUGCGGAGAAUGAGGCAGCACCUGCCCCAACCACAGCGGAGAUGGAUGUAGACUAAUAUAAUUUUUUUGAAGACUAGAUCAUUAAUAAUUUUAUUUUGGGUGUUUCGUACAUCUUAAUCGUAUUGUUCCAGGGUGUUUCAUAUAACUACUCAAGUCAGGGAUGCUUCCAAACCGAAAGUAAAAGAUUUUGAACAAUUAAUGAAAAUGUACAAAGAAACUAAUAGUAAAUCCUUCAUUAAUAUUCGGAGGAUUUUCUACAAUUCGUUGUACUUGUAAACAUUGUGGGACACCUCUACCUAUGUGUACGCUGUACAUGUUCGUUUAUUGUACCAAGUAUAAUUGAUGCAUCCUGUAUGUAUGUGUUAAUAUUAAUUUAUUUCAGACCUAUGUCUGUUAUUGCUUUUAGGCAUUUACACCCUUUUUUAUCCUCUCUGCCUUUGUUGGUCGAAAUUUAUCCUAAUAAAAGAAAUUGUGAUAA